CGAAAGUAUUGUUCAGAGAGAGAGAGAGAGAAAACAAAUCUUAGCAAUGGAGGCGAGAAAGCACCUGGAAGACUUGAGAAAAGACGUUUCCUGCUCCAUCUGCCUGGAAUAUUUUGAAGAGCCGGUCUCCCUGGAUUGUGGGCACGUUUUCUGCAGGGGCUGCAUUGUGGUCUUCUGGAAGGUCGGGCACCCUUCCUGCCCUGAAUGCCGACGCCGGCUGCCGGGGAGGGCACUCAGACCGGACAGACGGAUGGCCAACAUCGUGGGCACUGUCCGCUCUCUGGCGGCUGCCCUGGGCGAUGGAGGGCAGUGUCAGGGACUCGGCUCCUGGUGCAGGACCAGCCCGGAAGAACCUCAGCACUUGAACCCCAGAGCUGGGCACGCCGAGGGCAAGGUGAAGGGGCUUACAAAACAUCUGGAAGCUGAAUUUGCUGAGCUGCACAAAAUUCUCCACCGGGAAGAGCAGGAGGUGAAAAGACAACUCCAGCAGAGACAGCAGGAAGUAUUGCACAGGACUGGAAGCGACAGCAGAGCAAUGGCUCAAGUGAAUCCUUCCUUCCUACAAGUGAUGUGGCAUUUUCUGCAGGACUUGAAAACAGUUCUUAGUGGACCCAGUGAAGAUGUCAGACAGGAUGACCAAGUUCCUGUCAAUAUGCUGAAGGGUGAAUUUGGAGGCCCCGUUCAGUAUACCAUGUGGAAGCAGAUGAGAAAAUCCAUCAAACCAGCAUUGGCCAGUUUGACUCUGUGCCCUCAGUCCGCUCACCCCAGUCUCUUCUUGUCUGAAAACAUGACCCGAGUAAAUGUUGGUUACGUGCAACAGCGCCACACGGACAAUUCGAAGAGAUUCCUACGUCGUAUCUGCGUGCUGGGAUCGAGAGGAUUUACGUCGGGCAGACACUACUGGGAGGUCGAGGUGCACCAAGGGGCCAAAUGGAUCCUCGGGGUCGUGCGAGGGUCAGUUCGCCGAAAAGAGCUCGAUGAUAUGACCACGCCCAACGGCUACUGGGUCAUAAGUCCGCACACGACCAACUGGCUGCAGUGGCUGGUGGACACCAUUUCACAGAAGGAAAGGACCUCACCACAGCCUGACCACCUCACACUCGAGGUGAAUCCGAAGAGGGUUGGUGUUUAUCUGGACUAUGAGGGAGGGCAGGUCUCAUUUUACAACGCCGAGGACAUGUCUCACUUGUACACCCACAGCUGGGCAAUGAUCGGCAAACUGUUUCCAUUCUUCUCACCCGGGACGGCCUCGAACAAUCAAAUGUCGCUCCUCCAGCUCUCCCUAUAAAUCCAGCUUGUCCUGGGCUUCACCACGGCGGUAGUCACCUCAGACAAACACAGAACAGAAACUGUUCUCAUUCUGCCAGUCGCAUCCUACAUCUCUUCUUAAAAAAAAGCAUCACGAACCACGAUGACCAUUCCUCUGCUGCUGCUCGAAGGGAUGACAUGUCCAUCAUGACGACCAACCUUUAUUCCACUGACUCUGCCGCUUGUAAUUCGUGGUGCCUCAGGAAAGCAUCCAGCAUAAUCAAAGACCCUCCCCCAACUUGGAUGUACUCUCUUCCACCCUCUUCCAUCGGUCAGAAGAUACGAAAGUCUGAAAACAUGCAGCAACAGAUUCAAGAACAGCUUCUUCCCAGACUUUUCAAUGGGCCUCUCAUAUUUUAAAGUUGAUCUCUCUACACACCUGGUCUGUAGCUGUAACAUUAUAUGCUGCAUCUGUUCUAUUACCCUGAUGUACUUAUGUCGGGUAUGAUUUGCCUGGCUAGCGUGCAAAACAAUAUUUUUCACUGUUUCUUGGCACA